AUGGAAAAGAAAGUAAUUGAUGUAGAUCAUCUUCCCAAAAAAAGAUGUUCCAGUCAUAUUUACGACUUGUCAUCGUGACCUUCUUCGUGCUACCUUCGGAAGAGACAAUCGGUGCUUCCGUCGGGAGUAACCCGCCUAUCUUCGCUGUUCUUCAUCCCUUUCCAGCCCCCAAAUCCAGCGUUUCAGAUGACCUAUUUGAAGGUGGUCGGGUGUGAAAAUAUAAAUCCGGAUGACUGCCUGCCCGUUCUCCCAGUCCCCCUUGUAUUUGACUGAGUCAUUAGAUCUUCAGUGAGGUGACUUUAUCUUGUAAACAACAUUUGGUCCUUUAUAAACAGCUUCUUUUUUGCCUCCGACCCAGCUGAAGUUGCGUGCGAGUAUUUCCGUGUAGAAUUACCGUAUCCCCGUUUCUUAUUCGAUCUCUUUCAGACUAUGAAAUACCUUAUUCUCUUAUCCUUUUGUGGCCUCGCCCUCUCUCAGCCCGUCAAGAGAUUCGCUGGAUUCGGAAUCUCGACUGUCGGGGGAAAUCUUGGAUGUGUGGUUACUGUAAGUUUAGGAUCAGUAAUAAACAAGACUGUUAUGAUUUUAGGGCAACAGAUUAUUCGUGAACGGACUUGAAGGUCGUGAAUUGACUGCCGACGAACAGAAAGAACUCACCGAGUACCAAGGAAAGCUGACAACUUUCCGUGAAGAGCUCCGGAAUGUGAUGGAGCAAAGAAAGGCCGAGUUGGAGGCCCGCAGGAGUGGAGCUGCUGUGUCCAGCGCCAAGCCCAUCCAGACCCCAGAACCUCCAAAGAAACCAUCUUUCUGCAGUGAACAGACCACCACUCAAUACAUCUUCGAUGGAUGUAAGGUCCAGAACAACAUGGUCUACGUUGGUAGCACCUUUGCCCGCAAAUUGACCGAGAGUGAGAUCGAGGAUCUCAAGCAAUUCGACAAAGAGAUGACCGCCUAUCAGAAGUCGGUGUCCGCUUCCUUGGAGUCCCAGCUCGGCGAAUUGUUCGGAGCUGCCUUUGCUGGCCAAACCCAGAUCGCCCGUGCCACCCCCGAACCCGUGACAACCUCAUCGACCCCCGUUGCCCCACCAAAAACUCCAAACUUCUGUACUUUAAUUGUCUAA